GUCAAUUUUAACUUAGACUUGGGGCAAUGUGUACAGUGACAGUUUAGUGGUUGUUUUUUAUUGUGGUGUCUGUUUAAUAAGACUUGUUUAAUGGUGUCAAGACUGAAGAUGUGCUAGUAUAUCUUCCGAACUGGAAUCAUAUUCAGGGGAAAUAUAAAUAUUGUUCACAGCAUGCUAUGGCUUGUCAUUUUCGAAGGUCAAUAGCUGCACAGCUUUCCCGACUUCUAGGACAGCCAGUAGAGCACAUUGUGAGAGCUGUAUCAGCAGUCCCUGUUUCUAAAAAGCAACAAAUCUCAGACUUUCGUUUUUCGCUGAGUUCACUUGUAGAGAGUGGUUUCAUAAGUUUGCCUGCUGACAUUCAUGCUCAGACCCAGAGGCUAGCAGAGCAGCUGAAGUGUGAUAGCGUAGUAACAGACGUGACCGUUUCUAAUGGAGCGAUAUACUUUCAGAUCAACAGGAAUUUAUUGUCAAAGUUGGUGUUGCAGCAAGUUUUCAGUGAUGGUGUACACUAUGGAGUGAAAAGUGAGUUGCUUUCGGAAUGUUCCAAAGAAAAUGUUGUAGUGGAAUUCAGCUCACCGAAUAUCGCUAAAAGGUUUCAUGUGGGACAUUUGCGCUCCACAAUAAUUGGCAAUUUCAUAUCAAAUCUAAAAGAAGUGCUUGGAAGUCACGUAACCAGAAUCAAUUACUUGGGUGACUGGGGUAUGCAGUUUGGUUUGCUGGGAGCAGGCUUUCAGCAAUUUGGCUGUCAGGAAAAGCUUCAAAGGAACCCCUUACAUCACCUUUUUGAAGUAUAUGUUCAAGCUAACAAAGCAGCAGAAGAGGAUGAUGAAAUACAGAAAUCAGCUCAGGAAUUCUUCAGAAAGUUAGAGGAAGGUGAUGGGCAAACCUUGUCAUUGUGGAAACAGUUUAGAGACAUCAGCAUUAGAGAGUAUGCUGGAAUAUACAAGCGUCUAGGAAUACAUUUUGAUGAAUACUCAGGGGAGUCCUUUUACCAGGAUAAAGUACAGGAUGCCUUAAAGCUGCUGGAAAGCAAAGGACUGUUGAAGAGCAUGAAUAGUGGGACCACUGUUGUGGAUCUUUCAGAAGCAGGAGACUUGUCAGUUUAUGCCACUGUCUUACGAAGUGAUGGCACAUCCCUCUACUUUGCAAGAGAUGUAGCUGCUGCAUUAGACAGAAUGGAGAAGUACAGCUUUGAUAAAAUGAUCUAUGUGGGAAAAGUGACAGAGUGCACUUAG